AUGGACGCGCAACCCUCUACAUCCUCAGGCGCGAUAGACCAACGGAGGCAAGAUGCGCUCAAGGCGUACCGCGAGAAAAUGCGGAGCCACGAGAACUCGAGCGAGAACUUGAAGCAGUUGAGGUUCUCGUUGAAGGAUCUGGAGAAGGAUUAUGAGAAGACAGAGGACGACAUCAAGGCCGUACAGUCUGUAGGCCAGAUCAUUGGCGAAGUCAUGAAACAGCUCGACACCGACCGUUUCAUCGUGAAAGCCUCUUCCGGACCGCGCUAUGUCGUCUCGUACCGCCCCGCUCUACCUGCGUCGAAACUGAAGAACGGGACGCGUGUGAGUCUGGAUAUGACGACGCUGACGAUCAUGAGGAUAUUGCCACGCGAGGUCGAUCCGAUGGUGUACAAGAUGAGCUUGGAGGACCCGGGAGGGGCGUCGUUUGCCGGUAUCGGCGGGCUGGGCGAGCAGGUGCGCGAGUUGCGCGAGGUUAUCGAGCUACCGCUACAUAACCCGGAACUCUUCACCCGCGUAGGGAUCAAACCACCGAAGGGUGUCCUCCUCUACGGUCCCCCAGGAACCGGCAAGACCCUCCUCGCGCGCGCCGUCGCAGCCACCUUACAAACGAACUUCCUCAAAGUCGUCUCUUCGGCCAUCGUGGACAAGUACAUCGGCGAGUCCGCGAGGGUGGUGAGGGAGAUGUUCGGGUAUGCGAGGGAGCAUGAGCCCUGUGUGAUUUUUAUGGAUGAGAUUGAUGCGAUUGGUGGGAGGAGGUUUAGUGAAGGCACGAGCGCGGAUCGUGAGAUUCAGAGGACGCUUAUGGAGUUGUUGAACCAAAUGGACGGCUUCGACUCGCUCGGUCGCACAAAGCUCAUCAUGGCGACCAAUCGUCCCGACACACUCGACCCCGCCCUCCUCCGUCCUGGCCGUCUGGACCGCAAGAUUGAAGUCCCACUACCAAACGAGCAAGCACGCCUCGAAAUCCUCAAGAUCCACGCCGCGCCCGUCAACAAGCACGGCGAUAUUGACUAUGAGGCCGUCGUUAAGCUCAGCGAUAGCUUCAACGGCGCGGACUUGAGGAACGUCAUCACGGAGGCGGGUAUGUUUGCUAUCAGGGACGAGAGGGAGUACAUCCAACAGGAGGAUCUGAUGAAGGCGGCAAGGAAGGUCGGGGAGGCGAAGAAGCACGAGACAAAGCUGGAGUACACGGCAUAG